UUGCUUCAAGAUUCAGUAAUGAAACGCAACUCUUAUUCACAAGUUGGGCUUGGCGAGUUCUAAAUUCUAUUGAAAAUAACAAAAACAUUGUGCUAAUUGCACAAAACUAAUAGUAAAAAUGUCGACACCUCCGAGAGAAACUAUUCAAAAGCAAAUCCAACAGGACUGGGCCAACAGGGAGUACAUCGAAGUAAUUACGGGGAGCAUAAAGAAAAUCACAGACUUCUUGAACUCAUUCGACAUGUCUUGCAGAUCUCGCCUUGCCACUUUGAAUGAAAAACUAACAUCAUUGGAACGGAAGAUUGAUUAUCUGGAGGCUUGUAAAUGCCAACCUGGAAUUCAAAACCAGGAGCUGAAACUUGUGGAUGGAUCAAAACCAGUAGAAUUAUAAACUUAGUCUUAAUUUUUAGAAAUAAUUACCUAAAUUAGUGAAAAUUUGUAAAUUAUAUUAUUGUUACUUACAUAUUACAUAAACAUUCCUUUUUAUUUUUCGUUUAAUAAAGUAUGAAUAAGACUAGCUUUUGUUCAAAAGAGGUUUUAGAUCAGGAGAUGGUAUAUUACAUAAUUAAAAUAUAAAAAAAAACGUAUGUAGGCUACUCAUCUUCGAUUUUAAUUGCACAGUUAAAUCAUAAGAUGUGCAUUACAGCACAAUAUAAAUCAAAUGAUGCUACUUUUUACCUCAUUUGGUGAUAUUUAACCUCCCAAUAUGAUAUUUAAUGAUGAUUUCAAACGAUAAAUAAACAAUAAAUAUUGAUGUUAUUAUCAAUAUAAUUAAAUACAUGGUUAUUUAUGAAGAAAAACUAAAUCAAUUCUAUUUUCCUUUCUCUCUAAAUACAAUUACCUCUUAUCUUACAUCAUACUUCAUUCUCUAGCCUGUCUCAUACAUAC